GUGUGUGUGCGUGCGUGCGUGCGUAAACAAGGAUGCCGGCAGCUCUCCUGCCGAAGUCUCCUUGUUCUGACUGACAAGUUGAGACAGACGUGAAGGUGUGGCGGCAGUCAUGAGGAGGAAGUCUCUCCGUACCUUGUAAGUGUCACGAGAGGAAACUUUACGAGUCUUGUCCUGAGUGGGACAGUGUUGUAGGAGGACAGAGAGGUUCGAGUCCGCGCGGUACGCUCAGUCUAGAACUGGAGCGUCGCAGGUUGGAUUUCGCUGUUUUUUGGGGACCUACAAAUUGGCAUUGCUGGAUCUCGAACCCUUGAGGUUAUGUUGCUCAUGAGAUCUGGAGGAAUCGAACUACCUGCCAUGGAGUAAGAGUAAUAACUGCUGGACGAAGAGCAGGCUGAACUUCACUGCAGCUCUCAUCUCUUCUCAACCCGUUCCCCUCAUCUCUGGCCUGCCUUUUUCCUGCCAUAUCCCAUCACUUCUUAAACAGCUACCAUGCGUAGAUUCAGCUCAGAAGGGUCACUCCUUGAUCUGGACUUCUUCCCAUGGAAGAGGGUGGCACUGAAGACCUCAGAUCAUGGGAAGAACCCGGAGUCUGGCACCUACACACCUCACAUGGAGGAAGAUGAGCUGGACGGGAGGUCGAACCACCCGACCCCAGCCAUCCGGGAGCCUAGAGCCAGUCCGGCGGGCAGGAAGGGGUUAAUCAAGGAGCACAGCAUCAGUGCAGAGAACCUGAGCCAGCUGGAGAAAAUGGACAAGAACCACCUUGGAGUGUGUGUGAUCAGUGAAGGCUGCCGGGCCUACAGUGACGGCCAGCUGGUUCCGGCUGCCCAGGGCAGCACGGAGAGCAUGGAGAGAGACGAUCUGAAUCCCUCGUCUCCUUCUACUUCCUCCAACCCCUUCAAAUUCCACCACCGGCACCAGCACAAACCCAAACUAUCAGCUGCUAAGCUGCACCUCAAGAGUCUGUUUGGGCAGAGCCCUACUUCCUCAAACUCCAACCUGUCCAACACAGAACAGAGAGACAGUGCCACAGAGAAGAGGUCUCGCCUGCUCUUCAUGCGUCAGUGGAGUCAAGUGGGCCACGGUAAGAAGAGGAAGUUCAGUCAAGAAGAGCUGGGGAAAUGGGCGGAGUCCCUGAAUGACCUGCUGCUCAGCCAAACUGGUGUGUCAGUGUUUGGAGCAUUCCUGCGCUCUGAGUUCAGCGAGGAGAAUCUGCAGUUCUAUCUGGCCUGUGAGCAGUACAAACACUCGUCCAACAACUUCAGCCUGCAGAGGAGAGCCAAGGAUAUCUGCACCACCUACAUCCAGCCAGGGGCCCCCCGGGAGGUGAACCUGGACAGUAAGACCAGAGACCUGACCGUCCAGCUGCUGCAGGCUCCCUCUCACACCUCUCUGUCCCACGCACAGAAACGCAUCUACUCGCUCCUGGACACAGACUGUUAUCCCCGCUUCCUCCAGUCCGACGUCUACCUCUCCUUACUGCGAGACGCUGACUAGACGCCACAUGGACUCAGCAGGAGCGACAGAGGCUUCCUGGAAUUCCUAAACAUUGUAGAACUAAAUAUUUCUUCAAAAGAUUGAGCUGCUGCGUAGGUUGUGAUGUUAGUGUAAAAAAAUAAUGUUUGUAGAAAUGUAAGUCAGUUAAAUGAGUAUAUUCGUUCUUCAGGAGAGUGAGAUGUCCACAUAAAUAUUAUUAUUUCAUGCCUCUGUGUUUCCCCCCACUCCCAGUCUUUAUCUUAUGGUAAACUAAGCUAACCAAAUCCUGACUCCACUUCUGUAAUUAUCACACAGACAUGAGAUUAAUAAAUAAAAAAAGUGGUAUAAAAUAAGCAAAUUUUUCCCAAAUAAUUAAUUAUUCCUUUAUUUGGCUUCUUGUUGGCCCUGAGAAUGUGAAAAGCAUAGAUGAGGUUUUUUUUGUUUCCCUCACUUGAGCCGUGAAACUACCCAGCUCUCAUUUUUAAUCAUUAACAUCGUCCCUGUUAGCAGCUAAUGUUCCCACGGUUCAACAAGCCCAGUCUGAGUUCUCUCUGCUGGCGGGAAGGAAAAACCAGCUCAGCAAGAACUAGCUCUUCGCUGGAAAAGGUCAAAGUACUAUUUGAGUUACUUAAAUGGCAAAAGAUGAGAAACCUGAGCAAAUUGACUCCGACAAGUAAAAUGAGUACGCAGCUACAGGGAAGUUGAGUUCAGUCUGCUUCUAAAUGCUGCUGUGCUCCAUUGUUCAAACAAAGACAAACUACUCACACAAUAGCC